CAAAGCAAAACUGUCCCACAACCCACAGCUUAUACACUGAAAACGGCCCAAACCCAAAUAAACCAUUUGAAUCCAACUCUGUUGACUCCGCCCAUUUUAUUGUCUGCAAAUUGCUGAAUUGAUAUUCAUUUAAUGCCGUGAUGACCCAACCUUCUACUUAAUACUGGUGGUUUUCCGCUCAUCUACCUCACCCAUAUCACAUUUCCCUUUCUCUCUUUUUCUCUGUUUGUAUUCAGUACACUUAUUAUCAUAAAUUCAAUGCUCUUCUUUUAGUCUUCACAUAUUAGGAGUUCAGCAUAACAUAAUAUCAUUACCCACCAAUUUUUUUUUCACUUGAAUAUGGAAUGCUGUAUAAUUGACAGGCUCAAGACUCAACCUUUAUGGUUCUCUGUGCUUUUUGUUCUGGGAUUGCUCACCAUUCUGAGAUUGGGUUUGGUUUUUCUGAGAUGGGUCUAUGUCAAUUUUCUCAGGUCUCCCAAAAACCUUAAAAAGUAUGGAUCUUGGGCACUGGUUACUGGACCCACUGAUGGCAUUGGAAAAAGCUUUGCCUUUGAGCUCGCUCGCAAGGGGUUAAACCUCGCACUCGUUGGUCGGAACCCCGACAAGCUCAAAGACGUGUCCGAUGCCAUUGUCGCCAAGUUCGGAAAAACCCAGGUUAAAAACGUUGUCGUUGAUUUCUCUGGGGAUCUGGACUUGGGUGUGGCGAAGAUUGGCGAAGCAAUCGAGGGGUUGGACAUUGGGGUGUUGGUUAACAAUGUUGGAAUCUCGUACCCUUAUGCGAGGUUCUUCCAUGAAGUUGAUGAGGAGCUUCUCAAGAAUCUGAUUAAGGUCAACAUCGUGGGAACUACAAAGGUGACACAAGCUGUUCUGCCUGGAAUGCUAAAGAGAAAGAAGGGAGCAAUUGUUAACAUUGGCUCUGGAGCUGCUAUUGUGAUUCCUUCUGAUCCCCUUUAUGCUGUUUAUGCCGCCACCAAAGCGUACAUCGAUCAAUUUUCCAGAUGUCUCUAUGUUGAAUACAAGAAGAGUGGGAUUGAUGUUCAGUGUCAGGUUCCAUUAUAUGUGGCAACAAAGAUGGCAUCAAUCAGGAAGUCUUCAUUCUUUGUUCCAUCAACAGAUGGCUAUGCCAAAGCAGGUAUGCGAUGGAUCGGCUAUGAACCUCGUUGCACACCAUACUGGCCACACACUAUUCUUUGGGCCCUGGCAUCCUUAUUGCCAGAGUGUGUUGUUGAUGCUUGGCGCCUGUGGUUUUGCUUGGGCAUUCGAAAGAGAGGACAGCGCAAAGAGGCCAUGAAGAAGGAGUAAGAGGAUGCUUGGUUGGUUCUGCUGUGUAGGCAUAGAUGUUACUGAUAUGAUAUAUAUGCAAGAUUACUAGCUGGUUAUAGAUGCUAAGUAACUUCUGUGUUCCUGAUUUUCAUCAUGUUGUUUUGCUAGUCUUUAUUUAUUGAGUAUCAUUUGUGUGGCCUAUUCUUUUUACUCUUCCAUCUUUUGGUGUUUCUGUUCACUGUUCUAGGAAGUUGAACAGAUAUAUGAGCAUUGCUUAACCCAGUUUUCUCUGUUGUUAUUCCUUCCUUUUCUCGUAUCCUAAGCUUUUAUGAACCCUCUUUGGU